AGAGAGAGAGAGAGAGAGAGAGAGGAGAAUAGUGUCCGGGGAUUUGAUUUCGAUCGAAUAAUACGAAGAUCUGUCUCUCCGAGCGAGAGGAGAGAGAGAUAGAGAGACCCCAUUGCUGCUGUACAAUCCCCAAAAGGAGACAGAGAGAGUGUGUGCAAUCAUGCCUUCAGGUGCCAAGAAGCGAAAAGCUGCCAAGAAAAAGAAGGAGCAGCAAACCCACAACGGCACAUCCAAUCCUCCUCCUAUUCCUUCUCAAGGAAAUAAUGAUUUGAACUCCCAAGAUAAGGGAGUGCCUGGGGAUGCCGAGGCAGUUAAGAGGGUUGAAAUUGAGAGGGAACUGGGAGACAAUUCAACAAGCAAAAAUGUGAUUAUUGAGGAUGCUAAGUCUGCAAAGGGAUCAUCUAACGGGGAUGAUAGAAGCUCUAGCAGUAGUAGUUCAGAUGAAGAAUCUCGAGCUGUUGAUAGAAGGCGAAAGGAGGAUAUCCAUACAUCAGUUUCGGAGGAAAAACCUCAUAAUGAUUUGGUUAAGUCAGUGGAUUCUACAUCAGCUGGGAAGACUACUGAAGAUUCACUAGCUGAGAAGACUACAAGUUCAGCUACUACAGAGAGUGCCCCUUCUGUUGAUUCUGUUACGCAUGAGGUUUCUGUGCACCUCUCAAAAAGCACGCCAGUUGAAAGUGCACCGAUCUCCAAUGAGGUAGUAAAAGCAGGGUUGGAUAAUGGUGCAGAGAAAACAUUGCCUACUGUGGAUCCUGUAUCAAAGAAAAUUGAGGAUAAAGCAUCGCCAUUACUGGACGAUACUGCUAAGGCAUCUUCAAGUGUGGUGGAAUCUGCGUCUCAAGAAAAUGAGAGCAUAGUAUUGCCAUCAUUAGGUACUUCUCUGGCCCAAGUUAGUAAUGAUGCUGAACCCAUCAAAGAUCCUGAGGUUCCAGAAUAUUCUGAAAAGCAGCCUCUGUUAGCUCCGGCUCCACCCGUGGCGCAAAAAACAUCUUGGCUUAGCUGCUGUGGAAUUCUGGAGGCUAUAACAGGCUCCAAUAGAUAAGUUCAGGUUUCUCGUGAUGCAGAAACAACGGAUGAAGCUGUUUUGUAACCAAAAAAAGUGCAUGAAGGGUUUCAGCGGACUCGUGAAACUUGUGGAAGUGAAAAAUGUUCCGAGAAUUUUAUGAUAUUUCGAUAUUAGAACUUAUACUUUUUUUCCCGAAAGAAUAAUGGGCAAGAACCGGAUUAGAUAAAACCAAAUUAAGAUCUGUGGUGGUGAUAGUGUCAGGAAUGGUAGGCAGCUGUAUAUCUCUGCUUUUGCAACCUUUCUUUCUUGUUACUUUUGCAGAAUAGUUCUCUGUGUUGUUUUUACUUCCUUUUUUGCAACAUUUUCAAUAUCAUUCUUCACUUGAUUGUUGUAGCCAA